AUGAAGAAUCACGACAUUUUCGUUUCUCUUAUUCCUCAUCCUCAUCAAGCCUCUUCCAACUUACACUCAUCUUCACCACUCAGCCCUCGAGCUCCAUAUACUUCACCACCCCCAAAAACCCAACACACCACAGCCAAAAUGCAGCUCUCCGGCCUCGUCACCAUCCUCUCCGCCGUCGCUUCCGCCGCGGCUGUCUCCGUCUCCUUCGACACCGGCUAUGACGACGGUGCUCGCUCCCUGGAUGUCGUCUCCUGCUCCGACGGCGCCAACGGCCUGAAGACCAAGUACGGCUGGCAGAACCAGGGCCAGGUCGCCAGAUUCCCCUACAUCGGCGGUGCUGAUGCCGUUGCCGGCUGGAACUCCCCCAACUGCGGCACCUGCUGGCAGCUUACCUACAACGGCAAGAGCAUCAACGUUCUCGCCAUCGACCACGCCGGCUCCGGCUUCAACAUCGCCCUCGGCGCCAUGAACGACCUCACCAACGGCCAGGCCAACCAGCUCGGCCGCGUCGAGGCCCAGGCUACCCAGGUCGCUCUCAGCGCCUGCGGUCUGUAA